CCCCCCACACCCCUCGCCUCUCACCGUCCCCAGGUGACGGUGUUCAACGUGCGCUUGGGCCGCGUGUCCCCGGGCCCUCCGCGGCCCCUGCGCUCCGUGUUCCCCGCCCUGCUGGGCCCAGGCGGGGACCACCCCGGUGGAGGCCUCGACGCGGCCUACUACUCGUACGCCCACGGCGCCCUCUUCCUCCUCAAGGGCCCUCACGCGUGGAGGGUCCUCACGGACGCCGAGAGGCGCGCCUGGGCCUCCGGCGGGCCCCAGGGGUCGACGAUAACGAUGAAGGAGGCGAUGAAGGAGGCGAUGAAGAUGAAGGUGACGCUGCCGCCCAGGAAUGCACUGCUGCCCAGGCAACCGACGGCGCAGAUCUGGCGGGAUAUCUGUGAUGCCGGUGCGGCCGGGGCUUAGCGGAAUGGGUGGACGAGGUGGUGGUGGAGGUGGCAGAGGAGGAGGAAGACGUGGAGGAUGUGGAAGAGGAGGAGGUGGAAGAGGAGGAUGUAGAAAUGGUGUUGAAGAGGUGGUGGAGAGACAAGGGAAACAAAUAUAUGGAAGACUUAUGUGAGAGAUGAUGAUGAUGAUGAUGGAGGAGGAGGAGUGUGAAGGGGCAGACGAUUUAGAGGAGAUGGAGGUAGAGCGAUGAAUUGAGGGAAUGCAAGGUGGAAGUUAAAGAUGGAAGAGACAUGUGGAGGAUGAAGAGGAGGUGCAGGGGGAUAGAAGAGGGGGAGAGGAGAGAUGAAGCCGGAGGGGAGAGCGUGGGUGGUUGAGAAGAGGUGCUGGAAGUAGCUGAGGGACAGAAGGGAUAUUGACGAGGCGGAAAAGGAGAUGGGGUGGAGGUGGAAAUGGACGGCGAAGGAGGUGAAUGAGGUGGAGGAGGUUGAGAAAGGAAGUGAAGUGGACAGGUUACAGAGAUGUCGGAGGUGGAGGAAGAGGUGGAGGCGUGGACGGUUGGUGUGGAGGAGGAGCAGGAGACAGUGGAGGAGAUGGAGGUGAGAUUAUAGGAGGUGGAGCAUGGCGAUAUCAAGGCGGAUGAGGUGGUGCAGGACAGUCUGGCAGAGGAGGUGGAGUGAUGAGUCGUGGGCCUUUAGUAGACGGAGGUCAGGAGGUCGACGGAGGAGAUGAAGUAAAUGAAUGAGGUGAGAGAAAGAGAAGAGCGAUCGAUGUUAAUCAAAUUAAUGCGUCUCAUGAGACAUGGAGACAAGUUUGGCAACUAGAAUAUUAUAAUAAUUAACUUUAUUUAUUUACGAUGACGAUGACAAUUUUGUCAGAUGUUCUAUUUUUUUAGUAUUUUACAAUGAAAUUGCCUUCGCGCUCAAAGUCUCAACCCAGCGUUGGACAGUGGUGGCAAUUCCACAUUGCUAUUUCAAGGACUAGUUCACACAAAGGACAACAGCCACUGUUGGGUUUCAACGUUGUGGUUCUAUUAAUUAUGUCGAGUUCGGAGAGAUUGAGAUUAAGAGGACUAAGCGACUGGUGGCCACGCCCCUCUAUAAACCCCGCCCACUAUUACAUAGCCACACCCACUCAACAACUAGCUGAGCCCAUUUCGGUGGCUCGGAGAUGUUAAUCACCUUGCCUGGUAUGCAGGAG